AUGAGCAAGGAUUCGGAUUCAAAUAUUUACAUUUUGGAAGGGAUGAAUGAAUCCCGGGGUGGUUUGAUUAUUAAAAAAAAACCAGAUGAAAGUUCAGAUACUUUCAAAGAACCGUCCAGAGAAUCACUUCUUGGUUUAGAUAAACUUGCGUUAAUUCGUCAAAAAGAAAAAUUAGAGUCAUGUAACGUAAAAAAGUUUAAGGAUAGUGAAGAUUGUAAUAAAAAUAAAAAUAAAAAUUAUAGAAAAUCUAUCGUAGAAACUCCUACAUAUACAGGAGGUGUUUCUUACGAAGCUAGAAAAAGAGCUGAAGAAAGAUCAGAAAAAUAUAAAGAGCGCAGAUUACAUGCUUCAACAAAGGAUAGGAACAAUUAUAGACAUGAAUCCAAGUAUAGGUAUCAAGAUCGUAAAUUCAGGGAUUAUAGAGAUAAAGAUCGUUCUGCCAGAAGGUUGCAUGAUAGAUCUUCCAGAUCGUCAAGACUUUCCUCUGAAAGUCCUCGCUUUAAAGAUGAGCCUCAAACUCCUAAUUAUAAAUUAAAAAAUCCAAUAUCUAAAACAAGUUGGGAUGAAGAUGAUGCUGAAACUGUGAAAAAGUCAUCAUGGGAUUAUCCAACUCCAUUAAAUGACAAAAAUCAAACUGAAUGGUCAGAAAGAAGGUUGUACAAAUCAGAAAGAAGAACCAAGAGUAGAAGACUUGAUGAUUCAACUAGGCCAACUCCAGCUUUUAGGUAUAAUAACUGGGCUAAAGACAGGAAAAAAACAGGUGCCACUCCAUCUUGUGAAAAUUCUAAUGAGCUUAAAUGGGGAGAAAGCCAAGAAGAAAUUGAAGAAUGGGAGGAGGAACAACGACGAUUGGAUAGAGAAUGGUAUGGCAUGGAUGAAGGAUAUUCAGAAGAAAAUAAUCCAUUUUCUAAUGUAUCUCAAGAGUAUACAGAAAAAAAAGAAGAACAAUUAGAACAGAGAAAAAAAAAAAGAAUAUCUGCUCAACAAAGACAAAUAAAUAAAGAUAAUGAGUUAUGGGAAAGGAACAGAAUGUUAACCAGUGGAGUUGUUCAGUCAAUUGACCUUGAUCAAGAUUACGAUGAAGAAAGUGAAGCUAGAGUACAUUUGCUUGUCCAUAAUAUAGUACCACCUUUUUUAGAUGGAAGAAUAGUUUUUACCAAACAGCCUGAGCCUGUAGUUCCAGUUCGAGAUCCAACAUCUGACAUGGCUUUAGUAGCAAGAAAGGGUUCAGCUUUAGUUAGAGCAUACAGAGAACAAAAAGAAAGAAGAAAAGCUCAAAAAAAACAUUGGGAAUUGGCAGGUACAACUAUAGGAAACAUUUUAGGUGUAAAAAAAACUGAGGAUCCAGAUGAAAAACAAGAUGUAGAAAAUGAUGAAACAGAUUACAAAACGGAUCAUAAAUUUGCUCAACAUAUGAAAGACAAAUCUGAAGCAACUAGUGAUUUUGCUAAAAAAAAAUCCAUCUUGCAGCAAAGGCAAUAUUUACCAGUUUUUGCUGUUCGACAAGAGCUUUUAAAUGUUAUAAGGGAAAAUAAUAUAGUCAUUAUUAUCGGAGAAACUGGUAGUGGGAAAACUACUCAACUAACUCAAUACUUACAUGAGGAAGGUUAUAGUAAAUAUGGUAUGAUAGGAUGUACUCAACCUCGAAGAGUGGCAGCCAUGUCAGUUGCUAAAAGAGUUUCAGAUGAAAUGGGGACUGCUUUAGGGGAGGAAGUUGGCUAUGCAAUUCGUUUCGAAGAUUGUACAUCUGAGAAUACAGUAAUUAAAUACAUGACAGAUGGUAUUCUCCUGAGGGAAUCCUUACGUGAAUCUGACUUAGACAACUACAGUGCCAUCAUUAUGGAUGAAGCUCACGAAAGAUCAUUGAGUACAGAUGUAUUAUUUGGUUUAUUGCGGGAAAUUAUUGCCAGGCGGCAUGAUUUAAAACUAAUUGUAACCUCUGCCACUAUGGAUGCUGGAAAAUUUUCAACUUUUUUUGGAAACGUUCCGAGUUUUACUAUUCCAGGACGGACUUUUCCAGUAGAACUUUUUUUUAGUAAAAAUCCUGUAGAAGACUAUGUGGAUGCUGCCGUAAAGCAAACUCUUCAGAUUCAUUUGCAGCCUACCCCUGGGGAUAUUUUAAUUUUUAUGCCUGGGCAAGAAGAUAUUGAAGUGACCUGUGAAGUACUUUCUGAAAGACUUGGGGAAAUCGAUAAUGCUCCCCAAUUAUCGGUUCUUCCAAUUUAUUCCCAAUUGCCUUCCGAUUUACAAGCAAAGAUAUUUCAAAAGUCUACUGAAGGUUUAAGGAAGUGUAUUGUAGCCACAAAUAUAGCAGAAACAUCACUGACCGUUGAUGGAAUAAUGUUUGUUGUGGAUUCCGGAUAUUGUAAAUUGAAAGUUUAUAAUCCUAGAAUAGGUAUGGAUGCUUUGCAAAUUUAUCCAAUCAGUCAGGCUAAUUCAAAUCAAAGAUCGGGUAGAGCUGGGCGAACUGGUCCUGGUCACUGCUACAGAUUGUAUACAGAAAGACAAUACAAAGAAGAAUUAUUAAUCACAACGGUGCCUGAAAUUCAAAGAACCAACUUAGCAAAUACUGUUUUACUACUUAAAUCUUUAGGUGUUCAGGAUUUAUUGCAGUUUCAUUUCAUGGAUCCACCACCACAAGAUAAUAUUUUAAACUCCCUUUAUCAACUAUGGAUUUUAGGCGCCCUUGAUCAUACAGGUACGUUAACUUCCCUUGGACGUCAAAUGGCUGAGUUUCCUUUAGAUCCACCACAAUGUCAAAUGCUUAUAGUAGCCAAUAAAAUGGAAUGCACUGCGGAAAUUCUUAUAAUAGUUUCCAUGUUGUCCGUACCGAGUAUAUUCUAUCGGCCCAAAGGAAGAGAAGAUGAGGCCGAUUCUGUGAGAGAAAAAUUUCAAGUACCUGAAUCAGAUCAUUUGACUUAUUUAAACGUUUACAAUCAAUGGAAACAAAAUCAUUACUCAUCUAAUUGGUGCAAUGAACAUUUUAUUCAUAUAAAAGCCAUGAGAAAAGUUCGAGAAGUAAGACAACAACUCAAAGAUAUAAUGGAACAACAAAAAAUUGAAGUGGUAUCAUGUGGAACAGAUUGGGAUAUUGUUCGAAAAUGCAUUUGCUCAGCUUAUUUUCAUCAAGCUGCUAGACUAAAAGGUAUAGGAGAAUAUGUUAAUUGCAGAACAGGAAUGCCUUGUCAUUUACAUCCUACUUCUGCAUUGUUUGGAAUGGGAUACACUCCUGAUUACGUUGUUUAUCAUGAGCUUAUCAUGACAGCAAAGGAAUACAUGCAAUGUGUUACUGCUGUGGACGGUCAUUGGUUGGCAGAAUUAGGUCCUAUGUUUUUUUCACUAAAAGAGACUGGAAAAUCAGGCAGAGCUAAAAGAAAACGGGCUUUAGAACAUUUACAAGAAAUGGAAAGUCAAAUGAAAAUUGCACAAGAAGAAAUUAAGGCUAGAAAAGAGGAAGCUGAAAAAAGAGAAUUAGCAUCGCAACGAAAAACGGAUAUAUUGACACCUGGAAUCAAAGAACCUGGAUCCGUUAGAAAAACCCCCGCUAGAUUGGGCCUUUAA